AUGCAAAUAGUGACUAGAGAGAAAGAUCUCGGCAAUGGCAUUAAUUUAAAAACCGAUAAACUAUCCGAGACAGAAUCUGGUAUAUGGUUUAGCAUUAAAAACGUAUUCAACAGUGCGCUGGGCCAAGAAAUCCAUGAACGUGAAGUUUUGGUCAAAACGGAUAAUGAGGAUGACAAUAAAGUGAUAACAGAAGUAACCACUAAAUCGGAGGUUAAAUCAUUUUACGAUGGAUUCUUCGAUGGAUUGAUUUCUCAUUUAAGAACGGAUUUUGAAAAAUUUGAAAAGAUUAUUCAUGGAUUUAAUGCCAUGCAUGAAAAUUUACCGAAAAAACUUUAUGAUAAAUCAAUUCAUCCUGAAAUCGAAUGGGAUGCAGAAGUUAGAACUUCUAAUGAAUUGUGCGAUGAAGAAAAAAAAUUUUUGAGUGAAAGAAAAGAAUACAUAAGGGAGGCUUUCGCCAAAUACGUUGGAGUUACAGUUGAAGAAAUCCAUGUGGAAGAUAUUCCCAUAAUUGGAUUUGCCGGAAGUGGUGGUGGAUUUAGAGCCAUGAUCGCAAACACGGCUUAUAUGAAAGCAACACAAGACUCCGGAUUAUAUGAUUGUGGUGUUUAUUUCGGUGGUGUAAGCGGUUGUUGUUUGGCAUUAGCAUCACUAUAUUCUUCAUUAUACGCCACAAAAGAAGAUCCAGUUCAAGCUCAAUUGGAUGGUUUUAAAGAACGUUUACCGCUUCAUAUAGUGAAUGACUUUUUUGAUGAUUUAUCAAACAAUCCAUCUCCUGAAGCAGCAAUCGAAUUAUCAUUUUCUGGGUUGGUUAUAAAAAAAGAAAUAGGUUUGAAUAUACAGCCAAUUGACACCUUUGGGUGUUUAUUGAAUGCUAAACUUUUAAUUGGAAAAGAUCCAGAGUCCCAACGUCGGGAUUAUAAAGAUUUUAAAUUAAGUCAACAAAAACGAUUUUUGGAAGGUGGUAAAAAAUUGAUGCCCAUAUACACUGCGGUUCAUCAAGUUCAAAGAGAAGAGGAGCAGGAUAAGGUUGUACCGGAAAAUGUGAAGGAUGAACAUGGGCUACACUUUGUUUGGUAUGAAUUUACUCCAUUUGAAAUCGGUUGUGAUGAACUAGCUGAAUGGGUGCCUUCUUGGGCUUUCGGACGUGAAUUCAAAUGCGGAAAAAAUCAUAAUCGUAUACCAGAACAAAAUAUUGGUCAGUUAAUUGGAAUGUUCGGCUCAGCACCAUGUGUGCCUGUUAGUGGAAUCAUUGAAAAAGUUGAGCAAGUUUUAUAUACUGGUUGGAUUAAAGAAAGUUUGAAGGCAAUUUAUGAAGAAGCUGUUGACAUUAUCGGAGAAGAGGUAAGAACUGAAUUGGAAGGAAUAAGUUUAAUUGACCCUGCAGAAAAUUACACUUUCUCUUCUAAACUCGAAACAGAAGAUGAAAUCUUAAGAUUUAUCGAUGCAGGAGUAUCUUGCGAUUUACCAUUAGAUCCAAUGGUUCAUCCAAGUAGGCAAGUGGAUGUAAUUAUAGCAUUUGAUUCUUCAGGCAGUUCAGAAAGUUUAGAUUUCUUUGAAGAAGUGCAUUCACAAUUUACAAAACGUAAAGGAAUAACAAGCAAAAAACUCGAAGGGAAUGAUAAAUAUUGUGUAAUGUAUGAUUAUUCUUAUACACCAAAUGGAAAACGUCAAGAUGCGACAACUAAUGGAACUCCCGACUCUCGUCAAAUGAAACUUUGCUAUUUACCAUUUGUGCCCCAUGAGAAGGUUGAUAAAAAUUUUAUGCCUUUUAAAGAUAGAUCUACUUCUUUUGCCAAGUUUGAUUACACUCCCGAGGUAGUUGAUAAAAUUAUCAAAUUAGCUAAACAAAAUUGGUUAGAAGCUGAGGAAAGGGUUAAAAAUGUUGUUAUUGAUGCUUGGAAGAAGAAAAAAGAUAAUAGACUAAGCGCCUGA